AUGUCCUGUGUUCACCAGCAAACAAAGAAGGAAAUGGCCCGGUGCCACAAAUGGCUGAAGAUGUUUCAACAUUGGGAUAAAUAUAAAGGCAGCCAAAAGAUGUCUCGCCGGGUGUACAAGGGGAUUCCCCCCCAAGUGCGGGGUCGGGCCUGGUCUCUUCUACUGGGAGUGGACAAGGUCAACAUGCAGAACCCAGGAAAAUACCAGGCAGCCUGUGGGCCGUCUCUGGACUCUGUGCGGGGGGCGCUCAGUGACAGCCAUCCCUCAUGGCGAAUCCAGACAGAGGUGGGUUACUGUGAGGGCAUGAGCCACAUUGCUGCCAUCCUGCUCAUGCACCUAAACGAGGAGGACGCCUUCUGGGCACUGGUCCAGCUCAUGACAAAUCGGCGUCACAACAUGCACGGAUUCUACAUACCAGGAUCCCCAAAGCUCCGCAUACUCCAAUUCUUUCAUGAGCUGUUGCUCAGAACAAUACUGCCUCAGCUACAGAAGCACUUGAAGUCGGCCCAGUUCUACUGGGGCCUCAUCCCAGGACACAGCUGGGCAGCGAGUCUACCAAUGCUUGAGAGGACAUCCCCACCCAUUGUCCUCAAGGCUGAGGACACAUAG